UGUGGGGGCUGCUUCGAGGCGAUCGCGCCCAAUGAGUUCGUCAUGCGGGCCCAGAAGAGCGUGUACCACCUGAGCUGUUUCUGCUGCUGUGUCUGUGAGCGGCAGCUGCAGAAGGGCGACGAGUUUGUCCUGAAGGAGGGGCAGCUGCUCUGCAAAGGGGACUAUGAGAAGGAGCGGGAGCUACUCAGCCUGGUGAGCCCGGCAGCGUCAGACUCAGGCAAAAGCGAUGAUGAAGAAAGUCUUUGCAAGUCAGCCCACGGGGCAGGGAAAGUAGCUGCCGAAGACGGCAAAGACCAUAAGCGCCCCAAACGUCCCAGAACCAUCUUGACGACCCAACAGAGGAGAGCAUUCAAGGCCUCAUUCGAAGUGUCCUCCAAGCCUUGCAGGAAGGUGAGGGAGACCCUGGCCGCAGAGACAGGGCUGAGCGUCCGUGUCGUCCAGGUGUGGUUCCAGAACCAGAGAGCAAAGAUGAAAAAGCUGGCCCGGAGGCAGCAGCAGCAGCAACAGGACCAGCAGAACACCCAGAGGCUGAGCUCUGCUCAGACAAACGGCAGCGGGAAUGCUGGGAUGGAAGGGAUCAUGAACCCGUACACGGCUCUGCCCACCCCACAGCAGCUCCUGGCCAUUGAGCAGAGUGUCUACAGCUCAGACCCCUUCCGACAGGGCCUCACCCCUCCCCAGAUGCCGGGGGACCACAUGCACCCGUACGGUGCCGAACCCCUCUUCCACGACCUGGAUAGUGACGACACCUCCCUCAGCAACCUGGGUGACUGUUUCCUAGCGACCUCAGAAGCCGGGCCCCUGCAGUCCCGAGUGGGAAACCCCAUCGACCACCUGUACUCCAUGCAGAAUUCUUACUUUACAUCUUGAGUCUUCCCCUCGAGUUCUGUGGCUGGGCUCCCACCCAGAACAACCGUAGGCCGCCAGGGGUCGGCCGGCGAUAGGAAGGGGAGGCCAGGGAAGAGGUGGGCUGGGGAGGGAGUUUUGUCGGGGAUGCGGUUAUAUUACGACCUGAUGUAGCUCGGCAUUUCCAAAGACUGAACACGUAACGGAUCGCAUAGUUUCACGUUUCUGAUAAGUCUUAGCUUUAGGUGUGAAGAUGUGUUUAUCUCUAAGGACAGGGACUUUUAAUAUAGACAUUCUUAUGCAAACUAUAGGUAUCUAGAGAGUCCUAACAACUUCCCGCUCUUUUGGGGAAGCUUUUGUCAAGAGGUGCAUAUGUCUACGCAUCCAUAUACCCAUAGACGGACAGACAGACAGACAGAUAGAUGUGUGUGCGUGUGUAAGCUUCCAUGCUUUAUCAUCAGAGUUUAUUCCUAAUUAUAACAGACACCAACUGUACAGCAGAAGUAACUUUAUUUUCAGUGUGAACUAUAUUUAAGGAAAUGCUUGAUGCACUUAAGUUAUAAAAUGAGAUAAUUUACUUUUAUAAACUUUAUUUUUAGUUUGAAGAGACUUGUCGGCAGGGCAGAGAGGGCCGCUCCACCUGAGCCCGGGGCAUCGAGGGCUGGAGCGAGUUCUCCUUUCAAGAGUGUCGUCGAGGUUCUUGCUCUCUUGGGGGUUGAAUCAUGGGGCUUGGAGGGGACGGAAAAGUCCCCGAGCGUGUUCUUAGAAAAGGUAAAGCAUAGACUCUUCAGCUUUCUUUUCAGUUCUGACGUGUAGUUGUGGGCAGCAGUAGGAAGGUCAGUUUUGCUCUUGAACUUCAGCAACGGCAGGUGUGGGAUGAGGCUGACACUAUGUACCUACCUCACUGGGGGAUGCUGAGGCUUCAUUCACUCCCAGGACCCGUGAGCAGGGCUAGAACGAAUAGCUGGUAUUUGUCUAAAAUACCGGACCAGCCACUUGGCAAAAGAGGCUCCCGGAGGGGGAGAUGGUUGGCACCCUGCGCCCUGAGGGCCACUCUGCCCGCCGAGGUCCCUGAUGCAGAGCCUCGGCUGGGAUGGCCCGCUCAGGGCCUCUCAGGGGGCUGGAGUCCUGCCUUGGGGAGGAGGCCAUCGUUGAGGGGAUGGAAGAGAGGGCAUCGUGGUGUUCUAGACCAGGGUUGGCAAACUACGGCCCUCAGGCUGUGU